CGCGACACUCAAGCGUGACAGUUAAUGGUCUUUAAAGGCGACCCAAGCGUUCCCAGUAUCCAGUCUUCUAUUGACAUUCGCUGAGGUAAGGCGAGAGCGACAUUUAAAAUCAAAAAGAAUCAAACAUGUGUUGGAAGUUAGGUGCGUGUCUGGCUGUAUAUGUGACGGUGCUCGUGUUAGGGGUGAAAUGUGCCGAUAUGACGGAGACGGUAGGCGGGAUCACGACCAAAGUUCUGGGACAGUCGGGGAAGAUUCAGGUUUACAAGGAGGGGAAGACCGCCAGCACGGGCGUCACCAUAACAAUGGACGCCAUCAAGGAGCUCACCAGUAACGACACCGUUAUCAACAGUCACGAGUUCAACACGUUCGCUAACCAGGAUUUUACGUUCUCAUCGUCAAAUGAGACGCAGUACCCGGACUCUGACGUUAACGUAACACAGUUCAAUUUCAUGUCUAACGUCAGCGUAGGAAAAGGUAAUACCGCCGACGGUAUGGCGAAACUGACGAUGUACGUGUACAUAUUUUCCUCAGACGGUAACAUCACGGUCAGCGGUCAGAAUUACACCGUAAAAACGGGAAUGAUGAAAUUUAAUGUAAAGAUCGAAGACUGGCCGUUCUGUGGAUCUGCCAGCGUCACAUGCACGCAUGGAAAUCGGCCUCUAACGGGAACCAGUCUGGACCUUUACAUUGAGAUCAAGGGACAGGGAAGCCAGCCCAACUAUACGGAUGUAGCGAAGACCUACGACCUGGGAAAUGGCGCCACCGUCGUCGUCCCGAAGGAGGUCGUAUACACGAAUGCCAGCAACACCACAACAGAGAUGAUGUCGGCCGGGUAUCCCAAGCUGGAGAUAAACGGCAGCAAGUCGACCUUCAUCUUCCGGUUCAGGAUGUUCCAGGGUUCCGCCUUGUAUGACCCGACAGUGGAUCUCGGGGACAGUGUUACCCCACCGACACCGGAAGUGAAAAACAAGACGGUGGAGGAGUCUGGGUCGGGCGUCAAGACGGAAGUAGUUGGAAAGUCCGGCAAAAUCACCUUCUCUAACAAAAAGGGAAAAAGUGUGACAGUAGAGUUGGACAGUUUGAAGGAGAAGGGGGGCAAUGACGCUGCCAUCCAGGACAACAAACACAACAUCAACACCUUUGCCAAGCAGGACUUCACAUUCAGCGAACCAAUGGACGAGAACUAUCCCAACACGAGCCUUGGAACGAAGAAGUUGACUUUCAUCUCCGCUGUUACACAGGGCAACACACAGGCUAAUGUUACGGUCGACAUGUACAUCUUCAAGAUGGGAGGCAACAUUACAAAUGGCAAUGAAGUAACCGUUGUUAAGAAAGGCGACAUGAAGUUCACUGUAGACAUCAAAAACUGGAAGUUUUGCGGGGACUCUGGCGUUACAUGCACCCCGUCGGCCAACGGAACUUCCCUGGACCUCGAUAUCAUAAUGAAGGGCAAGGGCGGUGGCAAUCCGACCAAGAAGACUUCGGAGGCGAACAGCCCCGAUGUGUACGACCUUGGGGACGGUAUGGUGUAUAUGUCUAAGAAGUAUGACCGUGAUGAUAACAUGACCAUUGACCUGCCACAGGGCUACCCCAAACUGGAGACGGUCGGUUCUAAGAAAAUAUUUCGCCUCAAGUUCGACAAAUUCACCAGUAAAGUCCAUUAUGACCCUACCUUUUCACUGGUCGAUACCAUUGAACCGAACGGAAGUGGCGCCCUGGCCGCCACGAUCACCUCCGUCCUCACAUCCGUCCUCCUAGCGGCGCUUGGUAGGAUGCUGUGAACGGCUGUUAUAUGAUUGAAUGACUCAAGUUAACUAUCAGCACUUUAUGACUGUUGAGCGGAAAGGAGCUGGCCAAAAAUGUCACAUAUAAAACAAAGCCAAUGUGUGACAUGUUAACACAACAACCUUUAACAACUCAAACUAUGUUCUUAAAACACCUUUCGUCUAUAUAUGUAUGUUGAUGUCCAAGGAAACGUAUUUAUAGGAAUUCCCUUUAAAGAACAUAUAAUUAUAACAGUUAUUUAGUUGUGGUCAACUGACUGGUAAAAGUUAAGUGAUUAUAUUAUUUAUACCAAAGUAUUGAAUGUGAUCACUGGUUUGUGUUUAAAAUCCAUUUUCUUGCUAUAUUGCGCAUGUUUAAAUAUUUAUUGUAUACGGUUAUUUAUUGAUUCGUGUAUAUCAUUGUAUAUGUUUAGGCCUCAUUAAUCGACAUACACAUCUGUUAAGUGCAACACAGUCUCAUUAAUCAGCGUUUUAAUUCAAUUGGCUGUAUGUUUAAUUGUUAAGGUAUCAAUUUAAGGUAAAGAAAACGUCAUUUGCCCGCCAACUGCCCCCCACCCACCCCCGCCUCCAAUAGGACCGCCAUUGAACACUUGCAUAUCUCAUUAAUAAAAAUAACAAAAAAAGUUUUUUUUGAAACACUAGCUUCAGCAUAUGUUAACCUAUAAGCUGGAAAAUUAUAUCCACUCUAAACUAAAGAGAGCUCUAUCACAAUUGCAUGAUUCCAAAACAGUGAAAUCACAAUCACAUGCACGCACGCUGACACACACACACCUAUAUUGUCGUGGGUACGCAGAUUUGUGUUGUUCGUAUUAAAUACUCACGGACAUUACUGAUUUAACAGUUUUAAUAAUGGAGGAUUGAUUGUGCAUUUAGCCUCUAUAUGAUGUCAAUUACGUUUUGAUCAAAUACCUAUUAGAGUAAUGACUCUAAUUCAUUAAGCGAGUACGCAUUUAUUUGAACGAAUCUUCUAUUUAGUAGCAAAAAGUUUGUAAUUGAGUUAGAGUAUAACUUUUGUAAGUAUUGUUAGUUUGUUUGCUUGUAUAUGAUACAUUUAACCAAGGCUAUAUUUAGAUAGUCUGUCAUCUGUAGUGACAUCUGUAGUUCUGGUGAAGUACUGCGUAAUGCGUGUUUUUUUUCAAUUUCAAUAACGUUCAUGAGUCGUAUGCCUUCGAGAGAGAGUUUGUUAGUUUACAUACACUAAUGUUGCCGUCUGGUUUGUGCUGCCGAAGCGGAAUCUCAGACUUUAAAUACUCUUUAAUAUGUAUAGCCAGACUGUAAUAGUGGCGUUCAAGGGGGGGGGGGUAGCACCGUCCCUCACCCCCAUCUUCUUUCUUUUUUAUCAGGUUCUGAAUACAUUAGCAAGCAUAGUAGGUACAUUUCAAUGUGGCUGCAGAUGGAGUUUAAAACCACUAUGAACAUGUAUAGGCUGUAUGUUAGCCAUUGCGAAAGAUUGAAACUCGAAACUAUAUAUUUGAUAAUGAUUUUUUUUCAAAAGUUGUAAUUCUUGUCCUUCUCCACCCACUUGAGAAAGAAUCUUAAUACAAACUAGUUAACUCCGCUCUAUUAUUAUUUGGAAAAUAUAUGAUAAAAAAGCAAGUUACAUGUUUUACUUAGUAUGUUAUAACAUGCAUUUUUAUGUAUAUACAUGUAUACGAAUGUGUUCAGUUUAUCCUUUACAUGAUCAACAUGUAUAUGUGCAAUAUUGACAUCGUUUCUGUUCAUAUUCAUUAACUAUAGCUUCAUAUUAAACGUUUACCAAAACAUUUAUCUUUGUUUAUAUUUCUUUAUAUACACUAACAGAUAUGAGGACUACACAUGGACAUUUAGUAAUGUAAUCUUUGAAGAAAUCAUGAUGCACCACUCAUAUAUUUAGCGAUUAUGAAUUUUCAUCGAAUAAUAUAUGACUGUAUUGUCAAACCAAUGAUUCAAAAAUGAUAUGGAAAAGGAAGCAUAGUUUUGGAAAACAUCAUUUCGCAAAAUUCUGUGACGCAAUGUGUUAUGUCCGGGUCAAGACUACAACAGCGAUUACAGUCCUUAAAUCCUUGUCUGAUUAUAAAUAUUAUUCACUCCAGUGAAUUUUGUACGCGACAUAUGGUGAUAAUAUUUUAAUAAUAUGAUACUAACUUCCGAGUGAUGCUAUUAUAGAUUAUAUAUUUGAUAUAACUUAUUUACCAAACUUUAAACCAUUAGCGAGGCUGUAAAUAUGUUUUGCGCAAAUUGGUCUAUACUUUGUAUGUAUCAUGUUCAAAAGAAAGGCUUACCUUAUGCGAAGAAUAAACAAGCCGGUUUCAUGUAACAUCUUACCACCGAUUGUAAACAAGCAGGUUUCAUGUAACACCUUACAGACAGUAAAACAAGUAUGUUUCAUGUAACAGCUUACCAGCGAUAAUAAACAAGCAGGUUUCAUGUUACAUCUUACCUGCGAUAAUAAACAAACUGAUUUCAUGUAACACCAUACAGACAAUAAUAAACAAGCAGGUUUCAUGUAACACCAUACAGACAAUAAUAAACAAGCAGGUUUCAUGUAACAUGUAACAUUGGGAAUACAUAAGCACAACUUUACACUACAACAUAACAUUGGCACUACAUUGGCACAACGUUGUACCACAACAUAACAUUAGCACUACAUUGGUACAACGUUUACUACAACAUACCAAUGGCACUACAUUGGCACAACGUCGUACAACUACAUAACAUUGGCACUACAUUGGCACUUCAUUGGUACAACGUUGUACAACAACAUACCAGUGAGCUCUAUCACAAUUGCAUGAUUCCAAAACAGUGAAAUCACAAUCACAUGCACGCACGCUGACACACACACACACCUAUAUUGUCGUGGGUACGCAGAUUCGCGUUGUUUGUAUUAAAUACUCACGGACAUUACUAAUUUUACAGUUUUAAUAAUGGAGGAUUGAUUGUGCAUUUAGCCUCUAUAUGAUGUCAAUUACGUUUUGAUCAAAUACCUAUUAUAGUAAUGACUCUAAUUCAUUAAGCGAGUACGCAUUUAUUUGAACGAAUCUUCUAUUUAGUAGCAAAAAGUUUGUAAUUGAGUUAGAGUAUAACUUUUGUAAGUAUUGUUAGUUUGUUUGCUUGUAUAUGAUACAUUUAGGCAAGGCUAUAUUUAGAUAAUCUGUCAUCUGUAGUGACAUCUGUAGUUCUGGUGAAGUACUGCGUAAUGCGUAUUUUUUCAAUUUCAAUAACGUUCAUGAGUCGUAUGCCUUCGAGAGAGAUUUUGUUAGUUUACAUACACUAAUGUUGCCGAAGCGGAAUCUCAGACUUUAAAUACUCUUUAAUAUGUAUAGCCAGACUGUAAUAGUGGCGUUCAAGGGGUGGGGGGGGGGGGGGGGUAGCACCGUCCCUCACCCCCAUCUUCUUUCUUUUUUAUCAGGUUCUGAAUACAUUAGCAAGCAUAGUAGGUACAUUUCAAUGUGGCUGCAGAUGGAGUUUAAAACCACUAUGAACAUGUAUAGGCUGUAUGUUAGCCAUUGCGAAAGAUUGAAUCUCGGAACUAUAUAUUUGAUAAUGAUUUUUUUUCAAAAGUUGUAAUUCUUGUCCUUCUCCACCCACUUGAGAAAGAAUCUUAAUACAAACUAGUUAACUCCGCUCUAUUAUUAUUUGGAAAAUAUAUGAUAAAAAAGCAAGUUAAAACAAAACAUGUUUUACUUAGUAUGUUAUAACAUGCAUUUUUAUGUAUAUACAUGUAUACGAAUGUGUUCAGUUUAUCCUUUACAUGAUCAACAUGUAUAUGUGCAAUAUUGACAUCGUUUCUGUUCAUAUUCAUUAACUAUAGCUUCAUAUUAAACGUUUACCAAAACAUU